CCUAGUUCUAAUGGUACUAUUGGUACUGUUGAACGUUCUGGGAAUGGCUACGGUGUAAAUUUGACAAAUCUGCAACCUGGGGAAUUACACUGUAUAGAUAUCAGUGCGGAGCUCAAUAAUCUCAUCAGUGCCCCGAGUCACAAAUGUUUACUCACGGAUGAAAUGAUAUCCGAAGAGCCACGCAAUGUGAGGGUGACUAAAGCAACAAUAACUUCCAUGUCGAUAUCAUGGGAUCAACCACGUGCAUCAAAUGGCCGCAUUAUUAACUUUAGAGUGUACCAUAAAGUAUGUACAGAAAGUCAGUUUAUUUGGAGAUCUGCUGGAACAGAGACAUCUUAUACAAUUCCCGACUUAAAUGCAG